UAUUUGAAAUAAUUUACGCUUUCACUGCCACUCGAGAGAGCAGUGUCGUAUAUUCCGUCUUGUCGCAGUAAUGUUUCUUCGUCUCGUGAGCUUGGACAAUGGUUACUUUACGUCUGUAUAGAAUAUCAUUCGUUUUCUUUGCGCAUCACAAGCGGGCUCUGUAGCUACCAUUAAUUAAAAUUAUACCUUGGUUUUGCAUUCGCUUUAGGGAACGGAGACUUUUUUUUAGGCAUACAGAAGUUUGUAUAACGUUCACCUGUCUAUAAUUUGAGCUGUAGCCUACCUCCUGGAGUACGGAUAACAACACUUCGAAAAGUUCAUCACGGUGUCCAAACUAGGAACAAGCUCUGUCAUGGUGAACAGCCAGGUGCCCGGCGGAGGGGCUCCCCCCAGAUCGUGUGCGGGAUGCGGGGGCCGGAUAGCCGACCGCUUCCUGCUCUUCUCCAUGGAGAGGUACUGGCACACACGCUGCCUCAAGUGCUCCUGCUGCCAGGCCCAGCUGGGAGAGAUUGGGACCACCUGCUACAGCAAGGGUGGCAUGAUCCUCUGCAGAAGCGACUACAUCAGGCUAUUUGGUAAUACAGGAGCAUGCAGUGCUUGUGGACAAUCCAUUCCCCCCAGUGAGAUGGUGAUGAGGGCACAGGGCAAUGUCUACCAUCUCAAGUGCUUCUCCUGUGCCACGUGCCGAAAUCGGCUGAUGCCUGGCGAUCGCUUCCACUACGUGAACGGCGCCAUCUUUUGUGAGCACGACCGUCCCGGAGGGCCCAUGCUGAGCAGUCACCUGCAGCCCCUGCAGAGCAACCCUGUGCUGCCCGAUCAAAAGGUCUGCUGAAAGGGCAGAAGUAAUUGACCGGUCAACAUGUUCCUCUCCAUCAUGCACUUCUUUUCUAGAGAAACCCUCAGUAUCGACUACUGAUGUUCUUGGCAUUUAUGGUCCAUGGAUCCUCCCUGUGUCUAUGGGUCCCUUUAUUUUUGAAAGGUACCACACAUGAUAUGUGCAGCUCAACAAAACACAGACUUCAACUAACCAGAAGUGCAUCAAGUAUAUCAGAUGCUUUUUAUUCAGCAUUGCCUCUCUGGAGCUAUGUAGAUUGACUAAAUAUGAUAAUCACUGAAAAUACACGUUGUCAGGUUUGCAGAUGUCAUGAAUUCUGCAUUUUCUUUCUGUCAUAAGCCAGUCCACUAGUUCUUCCCUUUGUGUGAUGCAGAACUGUCAGUUUCAUGUAUAUACAAUACAGACUUUGGAAGAUCUAAACAUUUUCAAAAGCCAUUCAUUAAUUAUUAUUAUUUUUUUUUUUUAGUUUGUUUUCAGGGUAUUUUUUUUUAUAUAUAUCGAGUCCGUUGACUUUAUGCAUCUUCAGAGUUCUGAGGUGGAAUGACCUGUAAAUAUUUUUUUAUAAUGGUAUUGUGUGCUACAUUGGAAAUAUAUUGUCUAAAAUGUAACAUCCUCUUUUUUUAAAUGGAUGUCUAUUUAUGAUGUGAAAUUAUGAAAUGGUAAAUAAAUACUUGAAAUCAUAGUCCA